GAAAACAAACGACGCACCACCAUACCCAGUCACCACCAGAACGCACAUCGGAGAGUACCAGCGCACUAAAAACGAACCAACACCUGGAUAUGGCCAACAAGCUAUUGGUACCGGCUCUUGGAGCCCUGCUCUACAUGACAGUGUCGGGACGUGCAGGCAUUAUUCCGCCGGAUACCUUCAUCUUAGGCGGAGACGAAGGCCUCACCGAAGAAACACCCUAUUCUGCUUCUCUGCGCGUGGACAAUGCGCAUGUGUGCGGCGCCAGCAUUGUGGGCUCGACGACUCUGCUUACGGCGGCACACUGUGUGUAUCGGAACGGCCUAAUCAUUGACCCCAGCCGUGUAUCGGUGCGGGUGGGUAGCACCAAUCAGUAUGCCGGAGGUAGCAUUGUUCGGGUUUCCCAGAUAACGCCACACCCCAACUACUUUAAUCUGCAGAACAACCUUGCAGUGAUCACGCUUAGCACGCCCCUUACCUGGACCGAACGCAUUCAGCCUAUUGAGCUGGCGAGUGGGGAGGACGACCUGCCUGAAGUUGGGGCAACUAUUGGGGUGGCCGGCUGGGGCCAUACGCAAGAUGGCACCACCUCGUACAAGAUACGCGUGCUGCAGCUGAAGCUGGCCGACAGCGAAGUUUGCAAGGAUGCGUACACUGAGCAGGAUGAGAAGAGCUUCUGUCUGGCUCAUGCGCUCAAGGAGGGCACCUGUUACGGCGAUGGAGGAGGUGCCGCUGUGAGCAAUGGCAAGCUGCUAGGCGUAACCAACUUCGUGGUGGGUGCCUGCGGCUCACGUUAUCCCGAUGUCUUUGUGCGCGUGUCACGCUAUGCCGAUUGGCUUAAUCCUCUACUUCAGGAGGAGAACUAAAAGCCUAAAGCAAAGGCAAACAUACAUAUAUACUUCUUUUUUUUUCUUACGGUCAAUUAUACGUGUUAUAAAUUAUUAA